AUGGCCCGUCUAACAGUUUGGAAACAAAAAGUGCGAUCUUUAAAUUUAUUUGGAAAUGUGGACGAAGCAAGUGAAGAAGAUAGACUUCUAGCCACGUUCAUUUUCCUCACACUACUUCUCCUGGCAAUCGUUGCUUUACUCGUGUAUUCCUCUUUGACAAGUAUUACAAAAACUGUUAUCGUUGAACGGCCGACUGUCACUCUCUACAAAGAACUUGAAUUAAAACACCCAAAUACAUUAACUUGUCCUUGUCGUCAAAUUUUAAAUGCAUACAGUAAAUUCGUGCUCUCAUUCAUACCAAAAUUCAAUCAAAUCUGUUCAAGCGACUUCGUUAGUGAUGAUUGGCUCAACUACGUUAAUUAUCGUCCAUUUCUAGAUAUUAAAUAUCAUUAUAUCUUUGAUUUUCGUCAUUCAGCCUAUUCAUUCUUUCAAAUGUUACGUACACUUUGCAAACUCGUCUCACAAACAAUCGACGAUCAAUUAAUUGAAUUUUAUUCAACAACUCUGCUGACAGAAAGUGCAAUUUCAGAAGACACUUUCUUAGCUACCGCUAAUGCAACUAAACAGCAAUUUAUUGAUAUAACAGCAGCAUCCUUUGUCACAUCGCUGAAUUCAGUUCAAACCGUUGUACAGGGCAAUGCAAUUGCCAACCGGUUAGCUACGAAUUAUUAUCUGUUAACUUUCUUUCAUAAAAACAAUUGGUACGAUAUCUCUCAUGCUCGAUUGUAUCCGCCCUAUUGUACAUGCAUUUAUUCUUCCUAUUGUAAAGCAGUAACUGGUAUCUAUACAAUCUAUUUUAACAAUGAGCCGACAUGUAAUGGUACUGUUAUGGAACAUGAACAUUCAACUUGUGCUAUGUUGAUUCAAGGACAACUGCAGUUCAGAGUACCAGGUGUUAAUGUUGGCUGUCUCGUUCUUGAUGCCGUAUUACAAUCAGAUCUGUCCUGUCUGUACAACAGUUCCUGUUUGAAUGAAUUAAACACAUAUCUCAAUGAUUCAUUGUACUAUCCAUUUAAUGCUAGACCGCUCAAUAUCUCAUCUUCUCCUUCUUUGUCUCCUUUAAAAAUGAGUGAUUUAGUUGACAGAUUAUUGGUCGACGAAUGGCAGUUUGAACCCUCCUACGAAUCCUACUUUAAUCAAUGUAAUCCACAGUCGUGUGCGUAUACGUAUGCUAAACAAUUUGAUGUGAUUUAUGUAAUUACAACAACAAUUGGUUGCAUCGGAGGAAUUGUUACAAUACUGAUGCUGAUAACAUUGCGACUGGUUACAUUCACACGAAAACGAGUGGAUCGUGCCUGGUGGUAUCAGGAUAGUGUAGCUACAGAAACACAAGCUGCUGAUUACAGGCAACGUUUCCGUUCAUUUGCACGGAAACUUAAACAGUUAAUUAUUAAACUGAAUUUCUUCAAAGAUCCUGAGAAGCAAACUGAUCAUGAUCUACGAAAUCAAAUUCUCUCCACUCGCAUAUUCAGCUCUCUGAUGGCUGUAGCUCUAUCCAUUCUUAUACUCUACACUUCCUUUUCUUAUGUCACGGAAACUGUGAUCGUGCGGCAGCCAACGGUUCAAAAUUAUAGGAAAUUACAAAUCGAAUAUCCACAAACACUCGUCUGUCCUUGUACAUCAAUUUCAAAUGAAUACCAACAAUUUAUUACGUUUCAACCUACAUUUCACCAAAUAUGUUCCAGUGAUUUUGUCACAACGAAAUGGACAAAUUAUUUAGAGUCAAAACUCAAUCUCAAUGCAGGAGAUUUCCGUGUCCUUGGCCAAUCAUUCUUUUCAAUUCUGUUAGAAUUUUGCCAACUAUCAUUGCAAACUAUUGAGAAUCAAUUAUUAGUCUUUAAUUCUACCAAGUAUGUCACGAAAAAUGUACAGCAAACUGAUUUAUUUCUGACACAAACAGAUCAAAUUGUCAAUCUAUUCAAACGGACUACAGCGAAUUUGUUUUUACAACUACUAUCAAUAUCUCGACAGACACUGGCGGGUAAUGCUCUGUUUUCUGGUCUAUUAACAAAUUAUGGUUAUACAACUUUAUCUGAUAACACAAGUUACUCAUUGGAUCAAGUCUACUAUUCAUGGGUUUUCAAUCCUGAUGUAAAUAAUAACACAUGUUCAUGUAAAUUUACUCCUACCACUUGUGCUAAAUCAUCCGGCAUCUACAAUUCAUCAAAUACUGAUGCAACCCUCCUGUUUACUGUACCAGGUUUUCAAGCUGGUUGUUAUCAAAUUGAAUCAAUGUUUACAUCAACAUUAGAAUGUUAUUUCGAUGAAUCAUGUCUUAAUACAAUUGAUCGUCUGAUCUAUUCCACAUCACAAUAUCCAUUUAAUGCUACAGCAAUGAACUGGUCAUCAAACACUAGCCGAUUUCAGAUUACAACUAAAAUGCAAGAUAUUAUUGAACAGUUAAUGGUUGAACAAUGGAAUAAUCAGACGUCAUUUGAAUCCUAUUUCGAGCAGUGUAAUCCACAAUCAUGUGUUUAUACCUACAACAAACAAGGUGAUCUGGGUUAUACAAUAACGAUAACAGUUGCAUUAAUUGGCGGAUUAACAACUGUUCUUCAAAUUAUUAUUCCGUCAAUUGUAGCAUUUCUGAGGCGAAAGGAACGAUGUGUUCCUGUUGAUAACACCGAUAUAAAUCUCAACGCUAUCUCAUUAUUCGUUCUCCUUCUGAAUGUUUCACUUGAAAAUGUAACACAAACUGUUACAAUUAAAAGUCCCUCGGUUGAUCAGUUCAAUAUGCUCUACCGGCAAUACCCGAACACAGUUCAAUGUCCGUGUAGAACACUAUCAUCGGAAUAUCAAAAUUUUAUUCAGUUUAAUCCACAACUACACUCAGUCUGUUCAAGUGUUUUCCUUACUACAUCAACCUGGCUUCAAAUCGAUUAUCCAGUUUCUAAAUUCGACUCAACAUUGAGACCCACAUUUCGUACAAAAGUCGACGAUUUCCGUCAUAGUGCAAGUCAAUUUUUUCAAAUGCUCAACUCACUUUGUGAACUGUCACGUCAAACAAUUAAUACAGAACUUCUAACAUUCAGUUCAACAACACUCAUUACUCCAAAUCUGUUGUCCCAAGAACAAUUUGAAAGCCAAUCAAAUCAGUUAGUGUUCGAUUUUAUUCAAAAUACAGCUCGAUCAUUCGUCAAUACACUUCGUCUCGUUAAUAAUAUGACAUACGCAAAUAUGCUAAUAUCAGCACUAUCAUCGGAUUCAAUUUUAACACGAUACCCACAAUAUAAUUCGCCUGCUUAUGACGAAUAUGAAUAUGUUUAUGACCGAAGAGAUCAAGAAUACAAUUUCACGUGUGAUUGUCAACAAACGCCCUAUUGUAUUCAACGGGCAAUUGUUUAUGAUUUAAAUACAACUACUAGUUUUUUUCCUAUACCUGAUGCAUUAGAUUUGUCUGAUACCGAUGCUUCGUCUCGACUAAAUUCUUCAAUACGUUAUGAGCCAGACGCACCGAUGCAGGAUAUUGUUCAACAUCUAAUGAUUGAAGAAUGGAAUAAUGAAACAUCGUACGACGAUUAUUUCAAUCAAUGCCAAUCGGCUGUUUGCACUGCAACCUACGUUAGUCGUGGUAAAAUUAUCUACAUCAUUACAACCACUAUCGGACUAAUCGGUGGACUGACAAAAGUGUACAAAUUCAUGGUACCUUUAAUCAUGACCGUCUUUCGCCAGCUCAUUAUUCCGUUAAUACGAAAGAAGUUGAGUAGGAAUAAAGUAAUGUCAGCUCAUAUUACAACCCUAGAUAGAUCUGUCUGA